AUCACACAUGCUGACCAGGUCGUUGAGGGAGCCCAUGUAUUGUUAUAUAGCCUAUAAAACGAGAACCAGACCGACUGCCAGCAAUUCUAGGCAUCAUUAGAAGUUUACUGGACUGAGGGGUAUUUUGACCAGGGAGAAGGCACGGAAAGUGUCAGAAUCUCAUCACUCUCUCACCCAAUGCACAUGCCUACUGGGAUAACUGCCUCUUCGCCCUCAAGCCCCGUCAGCCAUCCCCCGACCACAAGACCAUGCAAGUCGAGCUUUUUUCUGGCUGACUGUCGUCGUGAAACGCAAGGAUGUUCCGGCCCGUAUGGUGCUCAUCACCCCUCCAGACCUCCGUCCACUGGUCGCCGUGUCAAACUGUUUGACGGGUUGACCGAUCGCAUCAUCAAGUCUGGUGAUAUCAUCACCUUCAGAACUGACGACCCGGACAACCAUCCUUUGCCAUCGUAUGAACUAUUGGAGGUGCAAUGCUUCCUGUAUCGUAUUGCCGCCAUUCGUGGUGCUGCAGACGACGACGAUGAUGAAGAAGAGGAAGAAGAAGAAGAAGAAGAGAGCAAACGGCGAAGCAACAGAAAGACAGUUCGAUGAACGAGGCCGUCUCUGGUUGACGAUGGGCGCAACCCAAUACGCGUUGUCAAGUCUAGUCAUAAUGGUGCCUCUGACAGUAUCUAACUUCUAGUCAGGUCUAAGAGCCGCAGGUUAUGCAGGAAAUACCCCACCUGCCAUGUUGUCCCGCCAGCUCGAGUGAUCAAUAAUAAUUAAU